CAUGCGCCUGAGUCAACGGACUGGUCUCUGGUUUUCUAUUUUGGAGGACGAACCCUGCCGCGCCAGCAUCAGAUGGAAUGUCGAGCCAGAUGGCUGGCAGAUGCCAGACAUUUGACACUUGACGCUAUUCUCGUUGGCCUGUGAUGCUAUGCCCAUCGCCCUAACACACCUAGGUAUUUAUCUGUGGCAUGGAAGCUCACUCGAGGCUCGUGGGGGAUCGGGCAAACCGGACGACGUACCCAACCAACAACAUCAACGUGCUACCCGCAGGCUACAGAUAGACUCCCUACCCUACCUGACGGAAUUCCAAAGAAAUCGCAUCUCGAUUCUGCAGGAUACCCUACUACUACCCUCCUCACAGAUCCUUGGACACGAGAAAACGCUCUGCACAACCCACAGUCCCACCACGGUGACCGCUUGUCACGCAUUGGCGACUGACCGGUUCCAAUCUGUCCCUCGCUGCUGGAUGACGUCGUUUCGUCUUCCUACUUCGGCCUCUUGUUCUGCAUCUCACUGCAUUUCCCAGACUUUGGUGCUUGGAUGUGUGAGUGGAUCACCAACAAACACGGCGCGACCGGCUGGAGCAUAUCGCGGCUUUCCAAUCGGCACGCGGGGUAUUGGAGAGGCUUGCAUUGGAUCGCCCCAGAUAUCCCUGGCUCGCAGAACGGUGAACCCUGAAAACGAGACGACGAGAAAGACGCGAGACAUGCGCCGGGCCAGUUGGAUGCCUGUGCGGCCCGCCGUCCUAACCAGGCCAUCCUCUUACUGGUCGCCGUGAUCACCGCCGCCGCGCCGCAAGCCAUCGUUCAACUACACUUGGACGCACUGGGGGAUUGAUUAGCCAGCCCAGUCCGACAUUGCACACUGGUGCGAUUAAGGGCGGGGACUCUAACUUAUAUACCUAUGCGCUGCGCUCCCACACCGUUAGGUUGUUGUUGACCGACGACGA